CAUUACGCUGUCACACGUCUGAUCCGGGCUGGGAUUUCCCCAGUUACUAGUAACUUGCCAAUCCGUUGCUACGCUUAUCGUGCUUCCAACAGUCUUCACCGUAUUCCUUCGCGAUUUCAGAGCUUCUUCGCAACUAGAACAUCGUCUUCGUACCCUGAGCUGUCUGAUCCUGAUCUAGAGAUACAAUGGAGGACUCUAAAAGACAACAAUCUGGAGAAGGAGCUUGUGGAAAGCGUAAGAGCAGAGAUCUGGGAAGGAAGGAUUUCAACCGACAAUCAUUAGAUAAAAGAGCGCGGAACGAAAAAGCGCAAGCGGCCAAGCGACGAAGACUUGAGCAAGGGGAGGAAGUCACGACUCCGAUCUAUGCAACCAAUUUCUCUCAGGAGGACAUUGAAAACGAACAAAGACGCCCCAAGAAGAAGGCCGCGGUGCUUCUUGGAUAUUCAGGAACAGGCUAUCAUGGGAUGCAAUUAAGCGCUACUGAGAGGACGAUUGAAGGAGAUCUCUUCCCCGCAUUGGUGGCGGCAGGUGCCAUUUCUAAAGCGAAUGCUGCUGAUCCGAAAAAGUCAUCAUUUGUACGUUGCGCGCGCACAGAUAAAGGAGUUCAUGCGGCAGGAAACGUUGUCUCUUUGAAGAUGAUCGUUGAAGAUCCCGAUCUCGUUAAGAAGAUCAACGAGCAACUCAGUCCCCAGAUCAGGGUGUGGGACGUGCUGGUUGCAAGCAAGAGUUUCAGCAGCUACAUGAUGUGCGACUCUCGUGUUUAUGAAUACUUGAUUCCAAGCCAUUCCUUUCUACCACCUCAUCCAAGCACAUACCUCGGAAGGAAACUGGUUGAGGUUGCGGAGCAAUGCGGAGACUUAGACGGUUUCAAGGCGAGGCAGGAAGAAGUUGAUGGGUUCUGGGAUGAGGUUGAUGAGAAGUACAUCAAGCCGAUCCUCGAAAAUGUCCCCGAUGAGACGCGUAGGAUCGUGCAGAAAGCACUCUACAUUGAGGAGGAAGAAAAUGCAAUUUCAGCCGGAGAGGAACCACGAGAGCCAAAGGUACGAGCAGAGCAGAAGAAUACCGAACCGAAACCAGACAAACCCGUCGAAGAUGCAGAAAACACAGAAACGGACAAACCCACCUUAGAAUCUGAUACAAAAGAGUCAGAUACGAAACCAAACAAUGUAGACCCAGGGAAAUGGCAAAUUAUUCGGACUGUUAAAGCUAUCAAAGCGGCUUAUCUUGAUGCAAAAAAAGCAUACCGCAUCCCAGCAGCCCGGAUGGCCCGCAUUCAAGAAACGCUGGACAAGUUCGUCGGCACGCGGAACUUCUACAACUACACGAUCCAGAAGGCACACAAUGACCCAUCUGCCAGACGAGUGAUCAGAUCCUUCAAGCUCAAUCCUAAUCCCAUCAUCAUCGACGGCACCGAGUGGCUCAGUCUCAAGGUCCAUGGACAAAGUUUCAUGAUGCACCAGAUCCGCAAAAUGGUCUCUAUGAUGGCUCUUAUAGUACGAUGCGGCUGUGAUCCCCAACGCAUCGUCGACAGCUACGGGUCUACCAAGAUCGCUAUUCCCAAAGUCCCAGGCUUGGGUCUUCUAUUGGAACACCCGGUAUUUGAUACAUACAACAAAAAGGCACAGUCUCUGGGCAAAGAGAAGAUCGAGUUCGACCGAUAUUCCAAGGAGAUCGAUGAAUUCAAGCAACGAGAGAUCUACGAUCGGAUCUUCCGGGAAGAAGAAGAAACCAAAUCCUUCGCUUCUUUCUUCAACCACGUCGACAACCUACCCAAGGAGACCUUUUUAUACAUUAGCUCCGGUGGAGUACAAGCUGCUGCAUCCUCUCAGCAGCCUAAUGCCUCUUUAUCUGAUGAACAGAAACAGUCUCUGGCUGCCGUUCAGUCAGAUUCAGGGUCAGGGUCAGAAAAGAACGAGGGAAACGGUGAAGAGGAAGGAUGAAGAAAGGUCAUCUUUAUCCGGGAUAUUAAUUGCAUUAAUUCUUCCUGUUACAGCGUCCAUUUAGAUAAAUGCCUGAGGCAGAAACAAUAUAGAUAUCUUCAAAUCACUACAGAAUUU